AAAGUGUUCAUGUAUUUGUGGCAACAACUUGUUAUUUAAAUAUCUGCUUAAUUUGGUGCCACCACAGCAAAGAGCUUCAUGCUGCCGCCGACGCACUCGCCGCUGUCGACGUCCAAUUCAAAGUCGAACAGUGGGAACGAGCUGCACAAAGAGUCAGCAAAUAGCUUGAACGAGGGUGUGACGCCGUCCCAGUCCGCUUGGAAGCUGGUGCUGGUGUCAAUCGUCGGGUGACACUCGCUGUCGACGCGGUAAGCGGCCACACCCUCGAGCUUGGCGCAGUUGGUAUCGGGAGUGUGAAGCUCCACCACCACAUAGGGGAAGUCACCAAAUGUCGCGGCUGAAAACGCACGAGGAUCGUCUGUGCAACUACCCGAGGCAAAGAUACCCAAGUCCUUCGCUUCGAGAGAACAUUCAGCGUUGCGGUUGAUGCUGCUGCAGUCUUCUGUGGGCGUGAACACGACUUGGAGUGGAGCGCCAGUGCACGAGUCAACGUCGUAGGUUUUGACAGCCGUCAUGUUGGUCGACGAUGAAGCGGUUGCUAGCAACAGGCUGGUGCACGCGAUGAAGGCGCGAGAUCGGCUGAGCUUCAUUGUGACUUGCGGAAGUAGGUUCCAAUGUGAGAGAAUUUUUUAGCACUGCGGCGAAGCUCAAACUCAUCCUCGCCCUUGGCUAUUCUCGGUGUUUGAACCAAGGACGAGUCUAUUCUGAUCAACUUGGUCGUCACCUUCCCAUUCGGUGCAGCGCUUUGUUUCAGCAGCAUUGGAUUAUGCUUGAACGAAAAAAACAAACUAAAGAUAUCUGGAUCCUUCUCUAAUCGGGGAAUGAAGAGCCACGGCUCUUUAAAUUGAUCAACUGUAUUGUACAGAAUGGACGAUCAAGACUUCGACGAGGAGGAAGUAGCUCAAAAUGACGAUGAUUUCAACGAAGAAGCAGUUGAAGAUGAGGCUGAUCCGGACGAUAACCCAGAACCUGGUGACGAUGAAGGAAACGACGACGGGGCCUAUGAAAUAGACUUGCCAGGAGAUAAUAUCGAGGAGCAAGACUCGGACGCUCCAGAGGAUACAGACCAGAAGAGCGAGGAAACCGAAGAAGUCGAAGAAGAAGAGGAAUUAGUGAAAGAGUUGUCUCCUCUGGAAGCUGAAAUCGCUCGAGUUCUCGACGAAGGAUGCACGCAGACGCAGCAGAAACUCACAGAACAUUUACUGCUACAAAAUAAUCGUCUAACAGAGUGCGAACAACAAGUCCAACUCGCUCUAACGCAACGUCAAGAAACCCUCGAAAGGCACAAGCAAACACUGAUACUAAGUCAGCAAGAACGUGGCAAUUUACAGAAGCAGAUUGCAUCACUAGAAGAAAAACUGCGACGAGAGCAAGAGGAACGAGCCGAAGAACGAGAGUGGGUUGCGGGGCUUUGGCCGGAGAAUGUGCCGCUCCCCACUCUUUUUAUCCCGAUCAAGAAUGCUGCCCAGUUCGUGAAAGAUCUGACUGAUGAUCAGCAGCGCAAACGUUUAGAAGCGUUGGUAACCAAGCGAGUUGAGCGUGAACGUGUUCGUCAGCAGCUUGAAGAGGCUUCACACUGGAAAUUAGUGCUGCCAGAAGCCUCUGAUGAGGACGACAGUCAACUAGCCUACUACACGAAUACCGUCACAGGCGAGAGCGUAUGGGACGCCCCUGUAGCCACAGCGUUUGAAGUACCACAGGGCUGGAAUAUGACCACCAUGGACUGGGAACAAGACUACAGACUCGAGAAUUUCUACCCCGAGGCUCAAAGACAAACUCAACCAUCCAAAACGUUGUCAGAUGAUGAAAAUGAAGGAAAAAAUGAAACACCGACCGAUAACGACGAAGAAGAUGAAGAGGAAGAAGGUGGCGACGUACCGAUGGAUCCCAUGCCGGCACGUGAGCGGCUUGAAGAGGAGUUAAAGCGAUACGAACAGUUAAAAGCAGAGGUGGAACAGAGUGCUGCCAAGCAACGCUCUCUUGCCAUGGAGGUGCUGACAGCUACCCGUGAGUUGUUCGAGCGAGAAGAGGAGCUUUUAAAGGAGGAAGACGCUGCUGUAAUUGCUGUGGAACGCAAGCGACGAAUCGCCGAGAAGGAGGAGCAGGCAGCGAAGAAAGCCAAAGCUGAAGCCCAACAACGCAAAGCUCAACAGGCCAGUACGGGCAAAGCGAGUGUGCCGGUGUUCGCUCGAGACUCAGUCGCUAAGAAAGGGAUGACGCUCGCUGCAGACGACCAGGCAUUUGAACAAGAACUCCGCGACUUUGCCGCAAAACAACGCGUCGAUCGAUUGUAUCUGUCCAUGCCAUUGACUCGAGACCCGCGAGUGCGCGAUCGUCAUCGACUAGAACCCGAAUUUGUACAUACAAAGCACAUCGAGUCACGUGUGUUGGAAACUGAGAAAGUUGAGUUUGAUCUUCUAGAAAAAAGCUCAUUACGCCAGGAAGAAGCUGCUGCGAAAGCGACGGAAUUACGAGAGCUCUGUGACCAAAUUCGAAAGCAGCAAAAGAGUAACGAGGAAGAAAUUGUCACUGUGGAAGCGUCCAUUGCUGAGUUAGAAGCAGCGGUUACGUCACCUCCAGAGCUGCCACGACCAACUGAAGACGAGCUCGAACGAGCAGCUGGGAGGUAUUUGACGGUAGAAACACUACCCGAGGACGAUGAAAAGGACGAAAGCGAGGUCGAUAUCAAUGUUAAAGAUGACGAUUCUCCAAAGGUUGAGAGCAACGAGACUGGGGAUGUGGUACCUAAGGAUGAAGCUGUUCUUUCAGAUGUUAAAUCUGAAAAGAUCACAGAUUUAGCUCCCGUCGUUACUAGAACUACAGAGGUUCUAGUGGUGGACGUUGAUGAUGAACGUAUGAAAGUGGAUGAAGCUGAGUUGCGUGAGUUGAAAUCGUUUACUGACGCUGAAUUAGCGUGGCGGAAAUGGGAGAAAUCCGAGAAGACUCGGAACACAAAGCUGAACAAACUAUCAGACCGACUCGUGUUGUUAACGACGUCACAGAAGUAUCUAGCAGUGGAUAUAACGCUCUACGAAGACGCAGAUGCCCCGUUUUUUGAACGUUUGAGCGAUUUAGAGAAAGCUGCGAACACACGGAUGUGGGAUCUGCAGGCCCAGACGCAAGUGGUGCGAGCUCGCUUCCUUGUCGAGCGGGCAGCGCGUGAGGAAUCUGUGUUUCAAAUGCGCGAUCGACUUAAAGAACUGCAACAGCAGCUUGAAGAUGCCAAUGCCUUGCCGACACAGGCAGUUCAUCCUCUCGAGCGUUUAGAACUCGAAGCGCAGUCUGAAAAACUGGUUGCAUCUUUGAAGAAACAGGAAGCAGAGCUGCAAGCCAGAUACGCAAAAGAAGAGGAAGCGAAAGCACUGCUAGUGUCACUAGAGUUGCGCUCAUGUGGCUACACCGAUGCAAAACUGCAAGAAGAGACCAAGCUGACAGCAGAGAAGCAGAGUCUGUGGGAUCUCAACUUCGCUCUUAUGGACGAACUGCAGAGCUGUCGUCAAACUAUUGAACGACUUUGCCUGCUGAUGCAAAAAAAGAAAGACGCUGACAAACAGGAGACUGAGGAUGACGACGCAGAAGCUUCGCCGAAAGAGCUGUAUGAGGAGAACGCUCGUGUAUUCGCGUCCAAGCUUCAGUAUCUGCAGCAAGUACGUCGAUUCCUACUCAUGUGCUACGACCGCGAGGAUCGUUGGCGUGUUCUAGCUGCUUCAGCUCUCAUCAAAGACACAACGUCGGACGAAUGGAUGACGAACAUGCAGUUGUCACGUCACGAGGAUUCAUUAGCUCUGCUACAAACGCAACACGAAGAACAACAGCAAGAACUACACCGCCAGAUUAAAUUGUUGACCAAAGUUAAAGGCACUUUGCAAGUUCAGAUUGAAGAGCUGCACGGCAAAAUCCAUCGCUUACAGAGCGACUACCAAGCAGCCAGCGACAGCGUUCAGCUACAGACCCAAGAAGUCAUUAAAGUGCUUCGUAGUGAGAUCGAAGAACACAAAACUCUACUCGAGCAAGAGAAGACUAAAUAUCGGCUUGAUCGUGAGCAGUUAAUACGUGAGCAUGACGCUAUUCGACAAGAUCUUGAAAAGCGAGCGCAGGAGCUUGAAGAUGCGAUGGAUAAGCAGACCCAUUGGCUCACAGCAGCGAAAAGAGAGCUACACGCCCAGCGUAUAGCCAACGAGGAGUUGUUGAAGGCCUAUCAGUCUUUAGAGAAGCGUCGAGCAGCAGAGGUGAACGACAUGCGCUUCCGCAUCUCUGCGCAGAUCAAGAAGAUCAACAACAUCGAGAUGUGGAAUCUCUCGAUGAAGAUCUCGGCCAAAGAAGCGCACACGGACUUUACCAACAUGCAGAAGGACAUGGCCAAGCAGCAGCAACAACACAAACAACUGCAACGCAGCUUGCGUCUUGUCAAUUGGCGACAUCGCGUGACAGCGCAGAGUAUCCUCACAGACGUCAACUUGUUGUUCUCCUUCUUUGCAGACGGGAUCGAAAUCCUCGCUGGCGCCACAGCAGAGAUCAACGAUACGUUGCGAGAGAAUGCAGGCAUCGAAGUGCUGGCUGUUCUUGCACGACACUCGAGUCAGCAGUCUGUGCGUGCAAUUUGUGCGAAAGCACUUGGUCAAUUAUCGUGGAACGCCAAUGCCACGGCUCGGUCGUUGGGCUGGAAGGCGAAGCAGAAAUGGUUCCAGUGGAUGAAGAACCAGUCGGAUACAGUCUUGGAUAAACUAUCAGCGAUGAAGACGUCGUUUGAUGCUGUAGCUGAGGAAGACGUGACCGAGAUGAAUUGGCUAGCUGACCCCAGCACGCCUAUAGACGACAUUUCGGGUGAGACUGACCAUGAUUUGAGCUCAAAAGGAGGCAGAGAGAAGGACAAGAAGCUCCUGUUCACCUCGACGUGGCUGCAGUUCGACGAUAUGGUUUUCCCCGAUACGAAUGUGGCUAAUCAGCAGUACAUGGGCCUCUCGUCCAACGUGCUUCAGACCAUUCUAGAUUUGUGUAGAUCUCCAGACACGGACAACACUGUGAAAUGCAGCGCCCUACAUUCACUCGCUCUGAUCGUGCGAAGCUCUAGAAACACUUCGAUCAUUGGACGUCUGGAUGGGAGUAUCUCGCUACUCGUUGGUCUGUUGGAGCCCAAGUCAAGUGGUGACGAUCCUCAGAUUAUUCGACACGCAGUUCAGGCACUCGCGAACUUGGCAUACCGGAAUUCCUUCAACCAGCAGGCCAUCUACACAGAAGGCGGUAUACCCGUACUUCUUCGACUGUGUGAAAGAACUGUGAGCUCCAGUGAUGCCCUUGAUGCAGACGUUGACUUGACUCUGGCAACGACUCAAGCGCUUUCCCAUCUCUCUCACGACCACGUACGAUCAUGCCAGGCAAUUGUAGAGUCUCACGGGAUUUCAAUCCUUACGAAGCUCUGUAACACGCCAAGAAUUCAUGACGUUAUCGACUUGGAGGUCUUUGAACUGAUCCAGACGUACGCGUCGCAAGUGAUCGCCAAUGUCAUCACUUUACUGGACCAAGAUGAGAGCGAAAGCGACCAUCACUCGUACAACGUCGCCGACUUCGUUCUUGAAGAGCAGACCAAGAUGAAUGAAAUCACAACGAUGGACAAUCAGGAGCAGCACAAGGAGGAACAAGCCGGUGUGCAGUCCAAGAAUGCUGGUGUAAGUACGUUUGUGCUGAUGUGUGCUUCGUGCAACCGCAACGUCGCAUUCCAUGGCGCAGUUGUGCUAGGCAGUAUAGCUCAGCAUGACGCCAUUCGAGCCGCGAUCGGAGCAGCGAGUGGGAUGGAUGCGCUCUUCUUACUUGCAGCUCGAACCGAUGACUUGCCGAUGAUGGCACAGGCAACUUGGGCUCUCGCAAACCUCACGUGGAACCGUGACAACCAGUAUCGCGUCGCUCGGUAUAUCGACCAUCUCUAUCAGCUCUGCACUCUUAGCUCAACGCAAAUAUCUCUAAAUCAACAAGAAGAGGCGGAUCCCGUCGUCAGAGUAGAACGCAGACAACAAGACGAGCAGCUCAUGCGGCAGAUCCGAGAGCACGGUCUGUGUAUCAUAGCAAACUCUCUGUUCUACAACGACGCUAUUCGCCAGCUAGUGGCGUCAAACUCUGACUGGAUGCAGCUGCUUGCUCGCAAUGCUCUCGAUGCUGACGGUGCCACGUUAGAGAAUUCUGCUCGAGCGUUGUGUUCACUAUCGUACAGCGAUUCAAUCGCCCUGCAAAUGGGCUCUACAAGCCUUGUCGACAUCCCGAGUAACACUGGAGCUGGGAAGAUGAAUGGGCUGCACCUUUUCACUCGACUGUGCAGUCGAACAGGGCAAGUGGCAGUGCAACAGCACGGCCUCUUUGGUGUCAUCAACAUGUGUCUCCACGACGUCAACAAGACCAGGAUGCUGGAAAUUCCCCACGGUAUCGACACGCUAGUGAACCUCAGUGGAAGCACGAACAAAGAUCUGUGUGACCCCGCUCUUGAGGCGCUAGAGUUGCUGGCAGAUAUGCGUCAACUCAAACAAGACCACGGAAUGUCUCCGACUCAAUCGUUCGAGUCUGUGGACAUGAAGAAGCUCAUCGCGUUGCUGUUUGACGCAACGAAUCCGGGUCUUGUCGCUAUGAUCAGCGACGCCAUCGCAGACGAAGUCUGGAAGAGACCGAGUGCUCAAAUUCGACUCCGUAACGAGCGCGGACUUGAAAAACUGCUUGAAAUCUGCGCCAAACCUUCGCCCUUGUUCCCCUCUGCGUCCGGGAGUUCGUCUGAAAUGGAGCAUCGAGUGAGGAUUUCGUGUUUGUGGGCGCUACGGAACACGGUGGCCAACAACGUGCGCAAUCAAGACCUCGUCGGUGCAUUGAACGGCGUCCAGCAGCUUGUCGGGGUGUUUGAUCGGGAGCGACAGAGUGAAGACGUGGUGGAGGCUCUGCUAGCAGCGCUGGUCGCUGUGGUCAUGAAGCAUCCUCGGAACAGCCAACAGCUCGUGCAAUACGGACUGGAUAUGCUCAUCGGCCUGGCAGAUGAAGACAGCGACAGACUCGAAGAAGACCGACGUGGAGUCCUACCGCCUAUCAGCCGUACAGCACCAGCGGCGCCGACCAAACUUGACCCAGCAGCGUUGAUCAAACCUGCUGCAAAGCAGCUUGAGAACGCUGCACUGGCACGAGAACUUCUGCACUUAGUGGCGCCAUACAAUUCCAGGGAGAACGCAACAUCAGCCUCAGACGUGAAAGCGAGGAAAAUGCAGCAACUGCACUCAUCGCCGUCGGCAUCUCCUGUGCACAGACGAUGAGCAACAAAAUGUCCAGGCUACGCACGAAAGACUCGACACCAAGCAGCCAAGAUUCGGUGGACUAUCCACGGCAACAUCAUCACUGGCAGUUCACGCGUUGACUCGCCGAGUCACUCGGGACACGAUCUACAAUAUCGAAGACAGGUUAAGGUCAAGAUGAUCUACUACAUGUUCGUUACUCGUCG